AUGUCGCUUGUCUCGCGAAGCAAGACGGCGCCGAGUGGCGCGCUCGGUUGCGACUCCCUCCUGAACCGCGACGGCGCAGGCUCCGACAUGAGCAGCGACGAAUAUGGCGGCGGCCCGACCUUGGGCGAGUCGGUGGGAGGGCGAGUGCAUUGCGGCAGUUCGGGUGAGCUCGUCACUCGUUUCAACAGCGUCGGCAGUGUCUCAGUGCAGGUCAAGAACACCUUCAUAGAGUUGGAGGAGGAUGGCGAGGAAGAAGAUCUCAUGUCGCUUGUCCCGCGGAGCAAGACGGUGCCGAAUGGCGCGCUCAGUUGCGGCAUCUUCCCGAGCCGCGACGGCGCGGGCUCCGAGUCAUGCGGUGAGGACGGCGGCGUCCAGGGCGUGGACGAGCCGGCGGCAGGCUUGGCAGCGCAGCAACCGACGCUCUUCUGCAGCACGCCGACGCCUCGCUGGGAGGCAGCCUUGCCGACGCUUUGGCCGGCGGCGGCGGUGCACUCGGGCGCAGGGCUGACGUCUGGGCACGCGCCAGACACGGCGGAGGGUCCCAGGCGGCAGGAGCGUGAGGAGGGCCCCGCCAAUGCCGAGGGAGUCGCCCGCAGCGCGGAAGCUGUCACUCGGAGCGAGGGUUGCGGCCCCAAAGACCCGAAGACGAUGGGCGGGAGUCGGAGCCUGCAGCAGCAGACCCUGCAGUCCAGUGAGGUCGACGGCUUCUCGCGCGCGCAGUGGACCGUGGACGGGCGGAAACUGAGAGGCUCCGACAAGCGGCUGGUGUCGCCAUCCUUCGACCUGGACCUCGGGCUCGGCGCAGGCCCCGUGGCGUUCGUCCUCGUGCUCUACCCCAAGAGCGCGACCUUCAAGGGCAGCUCGUCCUUCAAGGAGGCCGGAGGCCUCGGCCACGUGCAGCUGAAGUGCGUCUCCGAGCUGGACGGCGACGCUGCAGCUGUGAAAGUCCGCCUCUCGGUCGGGCGGGGGCGAGCGCGGCAGCUCCGCGGCCCGUUCGUGCACAGCUUCGCGGCGAGCCCGCUGCUCGCGCUGCCGAAGGCUCAGGCGGAGUGGGACUUCGGUGCCGCUGUUGAGGGGCAGCCCGCGUCCCUCUUCGUGAGCGUGGACGUCGCUCUGGCUUGA